AGCCAUUUUGGCUCAAGCCAGUCUCUCUCAAGCCGGCAUGAGCUCCCCGUAGUCGUUUCUGUCUGCAUUGUGCGCUUGUGAGGUUGAUUGCCCUGCCAUUUGUUUUCGUGGACGGCUACGUGGUCCAUGGGUAAGGCGUACAAUUUAUUAGCUGCUCGUAUUCGGUUGCUGGAAAAGCAGACGUAUUGUGAACGUAUUGUGAACUUGAUUCUUCCCUUCAGCAUUCUGCUAUUCGUCGGCACGCGUUCUUGUGUGAGGUUCUGCAACACAAUGUUCAUCACCCAUCCCAUGCAGCGACUUUGGCCAGACCGAUGGUUGGAGAUCAGGUUUACCGAUCUUCUCGACGCCUGUUUCGGAAUGCUGGUAAAGAGCGCCACGUUGUUUUCGAGCAAGAGGCCCGCACCCCGCUCUCUUCUGAUGGGGUGAUCUGUGCGCGACGAUGGCGGCGUACUCGUCUCCGUGCUGAUGCACCUGAGUUUCUUCCCUCUGCCAGCGACGUGCCUCCCGUCUGUGCCAUCGCCGCAUACCGCUCGGUGCCCGUUAGGCAUACGAGGUCUGGGAGCGGCUCAGAAGUGGCAGCCAUCGCCGCAUUCCGCUCGGAGCCCCACGGAGGGCAUACGAGGUCUGGGAGCGGCUUAGAUAUGGCCGGGAUCGAGCGCUUAUCUUGGUCUGGUGUUACUGAGAACGGUUCUUCCGAUUAUUAUGGGAUGAUCGACUGUUCUGAGCCCUCUGUUUUGCCUCCAUAUGUGCCAAGUGUCCUUAAUGACUCUGUUUCUGAAUUUCUCUGCCCUGUGGUCCACGAGCUUUGCGCGUUGUGCUAUACACAUGACCAGCUCUUGCGUGCGAUUGAGCACAAGAACGAGAAAAUCUUCGACAUGCAGGUUCUCACUGGCGCCUUGGCGACGUCAGUUUCUGAUUCCGACCUCGCGGCUCUUGCUCUCCGCGUCGAGUCGCUUGAGAACACUAUCGAUGAACAGAUAAAUGCCGUUCGCGACGAUGUCACCACGUCGCAGGCGACACAUUGUGAGAAGAUCGAGGAGUGGAUGUGCAAGGUCCCGCGCCUUGACGAGUUCUCGGCGCAGCUGGAUGCCUUGCGUCUCUCGUUGAGCACCCACCAAUCCGAGACAGUGACCCGUGUGCGCACCCUCGUGCAGGACGGAGCCGAGGCACAGCGUGCUUUCCUCGCGAAUGCCGUUGCGACGGUUCAGCGCUGUGUGGUUGACCCUGCUCCCGCCACGGUCUCGCGCUGGGUGGAGCAACCUCUAUCCGCGCUCUGGGACGAUUGCCAGCAGCUCAUCGACAAACACGUCUCCCAGACCAACGAGUUCUUGUCAGCGACCCGUGAGGGGAUUUUGAUGGAAGCGCACGUGUUGCUUUCCAACGUCUCCGCUGACAUCGCUGUCCUUCGUGAUUCGGCGGUCUUCGUGCAGAAAUAUAAAACUGAAUUUGCUGAGUCAUCUAUGUUGCGGUGCUCCGUGAAUCACAUAUCCGAAGAGCUCGCCGCGCAUGCUAGCGCCAUUGAGAAGGUGGCUUUCCAUGACGAAGCCAUUCAUGAGCAACGUGCGGCCUUUGCUGGCCAAGAGGAAGCUAUGCAACAGAUGGCAGGGCUUCUCAGCGAAAUGGUUGCUCGCAGCCCAUCGCAGAUUGCGAAUUGCGUUGCGAAAGCCAUGACUUCUUUCAUAGAAUCAGACUUGAUAGAGACCCGCAUCCGCCUUGUCCUCUCCAUGCUGGGACGUGGUGGGACUCGUGCUGUUCCUGCGCCUCUCUCUGCGGCUGGUGGCCCUGGCAGCGGCUCACACCAGCUUCGCCGUGCCUCUUCUGACUCAGAUUCGGAUGGAGCGGGCCACCUCUUCGACGACAAUGGGAGUUUGGAUAGGAGCUGGGUUGAUAUCGAUGGUACCCGCUGGUCGCCGUGAAGUGCCUAGCGAUGUUCCUGUUCUCUGCGGUGCCCUUCUGGCUCUUCCUGGUGUUGGGCAUGCCAGACGUGAUGCUGAGCCUGACCGACUUGCGGUCGUCGCCGUUCCUUGCGGUGCUCUGGGUCAUUCUUGUCGUGCUCUCCCUGGGCCACCUCCCUGGGGUAUGUCUCUAGAUAUUCGUGAGGCUGUCGCCUCCCUCGGUUUCGGUUCUACUCACUCCGUGAGUUGCGGAUCAGGUUAGAUUACACAGUCAGACAGGACGUCCCUCCUACGCUGCGCUCCUCC